AUGGUUAACCGUCUACGAUGCCCUCGAUGGCAUAUGCCGGUCUUCCCUACAACCUCGGUGCGAAGGCUGUCAGCCCAGAACAGCCCACCAACAAUCAAGAUUAAGAAUGCAACUUUUUACAGACAUUAUCCAACGACUGAAGGCGUCCAGCGAGAUAAUCCUCCACUCUACCCCAACUUGAGCUUUGAGCUAUCGUCUAGCAAUCAUGGAGCAAGGCAAGCCGAUGGUACUGGACGACCCCAGGACCAGCCCUUUUGGGCUGUAAUUGGGUCCUCCGAUAGGUCAAGCUUCCUAGAAAUUCUCUGUGGCCGACAUAUCUGCAUACCACCUACAGCUCGAGCAUAUCCUCUUCUCGCAACAGAGGAGAUCUCCUCAAAGGACCCGCGCCUUCGAUAUCCUGGCCAUGCAAUCCGCUACAUAGGGUUCGAUGGAGAUGCCAAAAGGGACGCUGGCGGAGUGCGUGGUUCGUAUCUUAGUGCACGAUACGAAAGCAGAAGAGAAGAGACAGACUUUACCGUGCUGCAGUUUCUGAGAGGCCAGACAUCGCUCAACCCUUUGGAAGGCAUGGAAGGUGUAUCUUACGAGUUUGACCAACUGCUACACCAGGUCAUUGCCGACCUAGGCCUGCAGAACCUACUAGAAAUGCCAUUAUCAAACUUAAGCAAUGGCCAAACAAGGCGGGCUCGAAUUGCAAAAGCGUUACUAGAUAAGCCCGAAGUGCUGUUGCUCGAUGAUCCCUUCAUGGGCUUGGAUCCUCCGACUGUUAAGGCACUCUCUCCAUUGUUAUAUAAUAUCUCGUUGAGAGGUUCACCACAACUCGUUUUAUCUCUACGGCCACAGGAUGCAGUCCCUGGUUGGAUAACACACCUGAUCAUACUAAACCAAAACCACACAGUAGCCAUCCAAGGAAAGAAAAGCGAUGUGCUUAACCAGUUAGAUAUAUGGAAAGCAGUUGUGCAUCGAAAAUUAACUCCAAAAUCAAGCGUACAAUCCUCGAAGCCUCGACUCCUUCCUCGGGCUGGUAGUGAGGAAAAUCAAUAUGCAGCAUAUUCUGCUCAAGACCGCCGGAAAUACGAUCAGGCAGAGGCGUUACUAACUAAAGGUCGAUUUGAGUCUGAGAUAGCAUUGCUUCAUGAUCUUGAGAUAAUGUCAAGAGGCCCGGGCCCUGAGUUGAAACGAGUCACCAAGUAUGGAGAGCCAAUUGUGGAAAUGGACGGAGUUAGAGUAUCAUACGGAGACAAGACUGUCCUUGGGGGCUGGGACCAAAUGAUUGAUGGAGAGAAAAAAGAGGGGCUAUACUGGGAGGUUCGUCGUGGCCAAAGAUGGGGUGUCUUUGGACUCAAUGGAUCCGGGAAAACAACGCUGUUAUCCUUGAUCACAUCAGACCACCCGCAGGCAUACUCCUUGCCGCUCCGCCUAUUUGGUCAAUCUCGGCUUCCAGAAGCUGGAAAGCCAGGCAUAUCUUUGUUUGAUCUUCAAUCACGCAUUGGACACUCCUCUCCAGAAAUACAUGCAUUUUUCCCCAGGAGCUUGUCUAUACGAUCAUCUAUAGAGUCCGCAUGGGCAGAUACUUUCCUAUCCAGGCCGAAGCUCAAUCAAGAGAGAAAACUUGAUGUGGUGUCUGCUCUAAAAUUUUUUGAAGCGGACUUGCACCCCGAGUUUUGUCCCGAAAUCAGCUGGCCCGCCACAUCUGCGAAUAAUGAGGGCGACGAUCUCUCUAUUCUCUGGGCAGACAAGACCCUGUUCUCAUCGCUGGACGUAUCCCAACAGCGUCUAGUCUUGUUCCUACGUUCUGUGAUCCAUAAACCUGACCUCAUUGUUCUUGACGAGGCCUUCUCGGGAAUGCCUAAAUCAUUGAGAGACAAAUGCCUGCAUUUCCUUGAAGUUGGGGAAACUUUAGAAGAAAGCACUGGUUCACGUCGGAUUUCCGACUUUAAUGUGUGGCAUCUCCCUUUCUUGCAACCUGGUACCAUACAUAAAGCUCGACAUCGAGGAUUGACAGCUUCUCAGGCUCUAAUCGUCAUCAGCCACAUCAAAGAAGAGCUUCCAGAUGUUAUUUCUCAUUGGAUGAGGCUGCCCACCAUGUUGGAAAAUGAUAGGGGAUUAGCAGGACGCAUUAGCACUGGAGCUUCAUCCAGUGGCUUCAGAAUCUGCGCUUUGAAAGAAAAUCAAACUAUUUCUGCGAAUGCAUGGGAUGACAUCUGGACAUAG